GUUUGAGACACCGGAAAUCAAGUGUUUUAUGUCAUUUUUGAUAAUUAAUAUUUCAGUGUUUUGUUUGUUAUUUAUAUUCUGAAUUUAACACGCAGGCAUUUAUAGGAAGACGUGCCGUGUGAGAAUCAAAUGAUGUUUAUGACCUUUGACCUGACAGUUAUGUAAGCCGGCCUUGACCUGAUGAUGUUAGUGUGACCUGUAUAAGAAAGCAUGGAAAGUUCAGAGACUGAUGCACUUCUUGUAGAUUAUAUGGAUCCGAAUGAGGUCAAGUACACAACUCUGGGAUCGAACGGCGCGGUAGGUCAGCCAAGUCACAGCAGCACCGACGACGAGGACAUGCUGGACAUCGCCAUGGAUGGCCGCGACGCACAGGGCAUCGACCGUGACGGCGUUGACAGGUCACAAGGGUCCACCAAUUUGAUGGACACACUGGAUGACCUGCCUCCAGGAAUAGGGCAGUAUGAUGACUUCCACACCAUUGACUGGCUGCGAGACAUUGCGCGCGAUCGCAUGCGGCAUCGUCACAUCAUUAAGAAGAAAAACGAGGGAUUCUGGGAACGUGUGAAGAGUGCCCAUGAUGCGUGGUCGGGAUGGGUGUGUGUUCUCCUAGUGGGAGCAGCAACUGGCGUGUGUGCUGGUAUCAUAGACAUUGGAACCACAUGGAUGUCCGAUCUAAAGGGAGGAAUCUGUACAGAGGCAUUUUGGCUCAACAAGGAACAGUGUUGUUGGACGGGCAACGACACCACAUUUGAUGAUGAGGGUGGCUGCAAUCAGUGGUAUACUUGGUCCAAGCUGUUCCACCUGGCUGGUCCUGGCUCGUACAUCAUCAGCUAUCUCUUCUUCAUCCUGUGGGCCCUGCUGUUUGGAGCCCUGGCGGCCAUGUUUGUCAGAGUUUUUGCGCCAUACGCAUGUGGAUCUGGUAUCCCUGAAAUAAAAACGAUCCUGAGCGGGUUUAUAAUCCGCGGUUACCUGGGCAAAUGGACGUUGCUGGUGAAGUCUGUGGGGAUGAUGCUGGCCGUGUCGGCGGGGUUGUCUCUCGGCAAGGAGGGGCCGUUUGUCCACGUGGCCAGCUGCUGCGGCAACAUCUUCUCCUACCUCUUCCCCAAGUAUGGCCGCAACGAGGCCAAGAAGAGAGAGAUCUUAUCAGCUGCGUCGGCGGCGGGAGUCAGUGUUGCGUUUGGAGCCCCUGUUGGUGGAGUGCUCUUCAGUUUAGAGGAGGUUAGCUACUAUUUUCCACUGAAGACUCUGUGGCGUUCUUUUUUCUGUGCCCUGGUGGCAGCCUUUGUGUUGAGGUCCAUCAACCCGUUCGGUAACGACCACCUGGUCAUGUUUUACAUCGACUACUACAACCCCUGGUACAUCCAGGAGCUUAUUCCAUUCAUUGUGAUCGGAGCUCUUGGGGGGUUGUAUGGUAGUUUUUUCAUCAAAUUCAAUAUUAUGUGGUGUCGAUACAGAAAGACAUCAGCUUUAGGAAAAUAUCCAAUUGUUGAGGUUUUGAUUGUCACUUUCAUAACUGCCUUGCUCAGUUACCCAAAUUCUUACACGAGGAUGAACUCCAGUGAACUCAUCAAGCUGCUGGUCAGUCGCUGUGGUCCUGGAGACAACAUGGAGUUGUGUGACUAUCAUCGUAACCUAACCAAAGAGGAUCCGUUUGAUUCGAGUGCCUUUGCUGGUAGUGGUGUGAACACUGCUUUGUGGAAGCUAGCACUGGCCCUCAUCUUUAAAUCUCUCAUCACUAUCUGGACGUUUGGCAUGAAGGUUCCGUGCGGUCUGUUCAUUCCCAGCAUGGCUGUGGGGGCCAUCAUGGGAAGACUGAUAGGGAUUGGUGUGGAGCAGCUGGUCAUGACGUACCCCAAUUCUCCACUGUUCUCCAACAUGUGUCGUACUGAGGGUCUGUGUAAGGUAACCCCAGGACUGUACGCCAUGGUGGGGGCCGCAGCCGCACUGGGCGGAGUCACUAGAAUGACAGUGUCUCUUGUGGUGAUCAUGUUUGAACUGACUGGUGCUCUGCCGUACAUUGUGCCCAUCAUGGCAGCCGCCAUCAUGAGUAAGUGGGUUGGAGAUGCCCUGGGACGAGAAGGAAUAUAUGAUGCUCACAUCCGACUGAAUGGCUACCCAUACCUGGACAGCAAGGAGGAAUUUACUCACACGACAAUCGCCGCAGAUGUGAUGAGGCCGAGAUAUUGGCGUUACGGAAUAGGCGUACGAAAUGACCCUCCUCUUUGUGCAAUCACCCAAGACUCGAUGACGGUUGAAGAAGUAGAAAACGUUUUGCGAAACACAGAGCACAAUGGAUUUCCUGUGGUGGUCUCUCGUGAGUCGCAGUAUCUCGUCGGAUUUGUCCUGCGUAGAGAUCUCAACCUGGCUAUCAGUAAUGCGAGGAAAACACUUGAGGGGAUUGUCAGCAAUUCUCUGGUGUAUUUUACUGGUCAUGUGCAAGCCAGCAUGCACGGGCCUGCUCCACUUAAACUUAGAAAAAUAUUGGACAUGGCUCCAGUAACAAUAACUGACCAGACUCCGAUGGAGACAGUGGUUGAAAUGUUUAGAAAACUUGGUCUACGGCAGACCUUGGUCACACAUAAUGGUCGGUUGCUUGGAAUCAUUACCAAGAAGGACGUACUUCGACACAUUGCUCAACUGGAAAACCAGGAUCCAGAGUCGAUUCUCUUCAACUAGAGCUAAACACAGUUUGGUGGAGCUAAUUAAAAUAUUGUGUGGGUUGUGGAGCAAAACAGAAUGUUGUGUGGUAUGGCAUUUUGGAGCUAAAUAAAAUGUGUGAGGUUUUGGAGCAAAAUAGAAUCUUGUGUGGCGUUUUGGAGUAAAACGGAAUCUUGUGUGGAGUUUUGAAGCAAAAUGGAAUCUUGCGUGUGGUUUUAUUACAAAACAGUAUCUUGUGUGUGGUGUGGAAUACAAUAGAUUGUGAUAUGAUGGCAGCAUUGCUGGACAUGAAUCUGAUUUUAUCGACAACAUUAACGGACAAACAGUUUAUUUAUUGUUAAGAUGAAAUUUGGAUUAUGUGGUUUCUCAUUUAAAUCAAACCUCAGUGCUACUGAAUAGCUCAUUGUGAUUGGCUUGGUAUGUGUGUUAGCCAGCCAAUCACAAAAUAGCUUACAACCACUUGGAGUUGCAGUACUAUUGGAUGGCCCAUUGCAGUUGUCAUUCUUUGUCAUGAAAUAACAUGCAACACUAUUGGUGUUGCUAGAGCAACCACAUCUUUGGAAUUGCAGUUCUAUGGAAUGGCAUAUUGUGAUUGACAGCAUAGGUUUUAAUCAGCCAAUCAUAAAACAGCAUACAGUUGUUGUUGAUUUUGGAAACCACUUUGUUAGAUAUUGUUGGUGUUUUGUAAAAGAGAUGGAUUUGGUAUUCUGUGUGUUUAUGAAUGUUUGUUGGAUGGCAAGUAAUUUCAGGGAAGUUACUAGGAAGAUUAUUUCCAGUAGGAUAGUGUUGACAUAUCUAUUAAUAGUUAGUUGAUUCAACUCAUUCCAUUUUGUAAGUGAACUAUAUCCAUAAUUGUUCUUUGGUGUGAUAACGGCUUUGGAAAUUGAAUUAAUGAUUAACAAACUGUGUGCAAUUAUGGCUUUUUGUCACUUAUGCCAAACAUUUCGCUUUAUUUUUUUAUUUAUAUAAACAUAACCACUGGAGAUUUUGUGUGUGUUUAAAAUGGACUGUAAUGCCACUUCAUGCUUUUUUCACAGUCUGUUGUUAAAUAUUUGGUCAGUAUUUUCAUUUUAAGCAGCCAGUAAAGUGUUUUUCACAGCUGAGUGUGGACUUUUGUGUAAAGCAGUGUUUAAUGCUCAUGAACAUGCCUGCACAAUACAGCAAGUAAUCAUAUAUGUAUAGGACAGUGCAUGGGCGUACAUAGGAUUUUGAAAAGGGGGUUCCAAAAUAGAUUGCAGACAUAUUGGGCAUAUAUUUCUAUGUUGAGUUUUGAAAAGGGGGGUUCCAAAAUAGAUUGCAGAGAUAUUG